GGAGCGCACUGGAUGCUGCAGGGCCGAACAGAAGAGGAGAGGACAGAGAGAACUCUCUGUCACACGUGGAGAAGAAACAUACGACCCUCCGUUCCCGAGAUCUGCGCGGGUUUAGCGGUAGGAGUCGUGAGCAGAAGCAGAGGGAAGACGGAGCGCCAGUCCUCCGGGCAGCCUCAGCACCGCCGGGAGGAGACUCACAGAGGAGGAAAGAUUCGCCCUAACGCAGUGACAGCCUUGGAUGAGGAGAAUAGGAGAGCGGAGGGCAUCGGAUAGCAGCAACGAUGGCAGCUCCAGACUUAUUGGACCCUAAAUCUGCCACUCACAACACCAAGCCUCGCCUCUCCUUCUCCACAAAGCCAAUCACACUGACUCCUCGGGAGGAGAGUGAGGUGGUUGCUACAGUGAUGAAAUGGAAGACAGUGACAGCCAUCUUUCUUUUGGUGGUUCUGUACCUGGUGAUGGGAGCUGCAGUCUUCAGAACCCUGGAGCAGCCACAUGAGAGUGCCCAGCGUUUGGCAAUUCUCACCCAGAAGCUGGAGUUUCUGUCAAGACAUUCUUGUGUCAACCAGAAUCAGCUGGAGGAGCUGGUUAAGCAAGUUGUGGCGGCUAUCCGUUCAGGGGUGAACCCCGCAGGAACGCUGACCAACCACAGCAGCAUAUGGGACCUGAGCUCUGCCUUCUUCUUUGCUGGGACUGUCAUCACGACAAUUGGAUUUGGAAACAUCUCCCCGCACACUGAAGGUGGGAGGAUAUUCUGUAUUGUGUAUGCUCUGCUGGGGAUACCUCUGUUCGGUUUCCUUUUGGCUGGUGUUGGGGAUCAGCUAGGCACCAUCUUUGGCAAAGGCAUCGCCAAGGUGGAGAAAAUGUUUGUGCACUGGGACAUCAGCCAGACAAAGAUCCGGGUCAUUUCCACGCUGCUGUUUGUUCUUUUCGGCUGCCUGCUGUUUGUGGCGCUCCCAGCAGCCAUCUUUAAACACAUCGAGGGCUGGUCUGCACUGGAGUCCCUUUAUUUCGUGGUCAUCACCUUGACUACCAUUGGAUUUGGGGACUUUGUGGCAGGUGGCUCUGAAAUUGAGUACCUGGACUACUAUAAGCCAGUGGUGUGGUUCUGGAUUCUGGUGGGGCUGGCUUACUUUGCUGCUAUCCUCAGCAUGAUUGGAGACUGGCUCCGAGUUAUCUCCAGGCGGACAAAAGAAGAGGUUGGCGAGAUCCGAGCUCACGCCGCAGAGUGGACAGCCAAUGUCUCCGCAGAGUUCAAAGAAACCCGCCGCCGUGUCAGUGUCGAGAUCUACGAUAAGUUCCAGCGCGCUGCGUCCAUCAAGCGCAAACUUUCUUCCGAGCUGGGAUUCAACUCGGCGCCCGAGCUCACUUUGCCCAAACGCAGCGUGUCUGUCAACUUCAACGAUGAGCGGGACCGGAGCGAGAAGGAGGCUGUGCCUCUGGCCAGAAACGGCUGUUUGCCCGUGAAUGGGCUGGACCCAGAGAGAGGGGAAAUCUCGAUUAUUGAACAUUUUAAAUAGAGGCAGGUUCAUCCAAAACCUCUCUGUUUGUCAUGGUUGCUGAUAUCAGUGCUGAGCCCUGGAAAUGUUUAUUC